GUAAACUUUAAACAUUACUAAACUAUACUAACAAGUUAAUCAGAGUUAAAAUAUGUACAUGAGUUCUGAUUGCUGAGUCUUUUUAACAACAUACAUCUCUAGGAACUCAAAGUCAAAAAAUACUUAAAAUCGUAAAAGUGAAAAAUGUUUAACAACGACGAUGAUCUUUCCGAACAGGAUCGACUUACUGAAAUGUUCGUUGAUGUUUCACACGUUGGUUGCUGUUUGAUGGCGAAAUGGAGAACUGGGUGCCAGUUAAUGGUUUACCCUGCUGCCAUUGAUGGGGUAACUGACACUGUCCAAGGUGGGGAAAGCAAUGGGGGACCAAUUUACCUCCAUGAUGUUAAAUGGAAUUUGGAUAUGCACACUCCUGUGUCAAGAAAACUAGUGAAUGAAUCGUACCUUGUGUUUGCAAGUAUGCAAGAACAAAAAGCGAUGCAAGAAGAUAAAACAAUAAACCGAGCUCAGUUGUUAAAGUUCAGUCGAAACUACCGUUCCAUUAUACGUUCCUGUUUAUUAGAGUUACAAACUUCUUCAGAGGACAUCGAUGCAGAUGUGGCGAUUCAUAAGGAAUCUCAGAUGCAACUUUACAGCAUAAUGGACCUGGUGUGGAGUUUGUGCGAAAUCAUUUUUAUUGAAAACCUUCCAGGAGGGGUGAUAUUACUUCGUAUGGUCGAAUGGUGCAAGUGGAACUUCCCAUUAGUGGACGACCUUGUUCGUUCAUGCAUGUCAUCGAGAGAUAAUCUGCCCUACCAACAUCCAGAAUACUGGAAUGCAGUCACAGCUCUUGUAUUGCAGGGACGUUUAACUGAAGCAAGAGACUUGUUAAAGUUACAUCCAGAAUUUCAAGUGCAAGUUUAUGAUAGUUAUUCAUGCAUGGAUGAACUACUGAGGAAAAUGCCUGUAUUUUCUUAUCAUCAAGGCCAGUCAAUCUCCGAGUUUGAAAUAAAAUGGCAGCAUUGGCAAGCGGAGUGUGUUAAACGACUUAAAGAUGGAGAUUUUGAUACAAAGCCAGAACUGAAAACAAUUUGCCGGAUUUUGACCGGAGAUAAUGAAGUGCUUACUGAAGUAUCUCAUCUUUGUGGCAACUGGUACCAGAUGUUGGUUACUUACCUUCUCUACAACAACCCAACUACAAAAGUGUACGAUCUUUACUACCACAGUCAGGUCUGCAUCCAAAUGUGUAAUUCUCAUUCUGAGUGGGGAGCAUUAGAUAACAUACUACUGGCUGUUUGUGCAUUUGACAUUGACAGGGUAAUUCGUGAAUGCUGUGAACACUUAAGUAACUGGUGGCUGCCUGCACAUCUUUCAGACCUUUUAAACGCAUCUGGAUUGGUGCCUGCUGAUGCAGAGAAGAAUCAAGUUGAAAUAGAAUUGCAAGAGAUUCUAAUAGUGAGGUUUGCUGAGAGUCUUAUGAGUCUAGAGAGUUACUGGAAUGUAGUUGCUGGUUACCUUGCUAACUGUGGCCCGCUCUCUCAACAAUACCUAGCUCUGUUCGUGCAACGAAUCACCCUGACUUCUGAGAAAAAAGCUUCAAAAGUGUUACGUUUAUGUGAGAAGCACAAUUUAAAUGACGAAGCACAAAGCAUUUGUCGACAACUGUGUCGACAGGCAUUGAGAGAGAAAAGACAUGGUGAUGCACUGUCCUGGUGCAUUAAAUUAAAGGACUCCUCAUUAGCCAUGUACAUUGCUGAUGAGAUGUUAUCGAUAUAUGCAAAGACAGGAGUGUUCCCAAACAUUGAUCUUAUCGACUACCUGGGAUCUUCUGUAUUGGUGUCUGAACGACUUACAUUUCUUGGUAAAUACCGAGACUUUCACAAACUGCAUGCUAAUAAAGAGUACAAAGAGGCUGGUUACCUUCUUCUAAAUUUGCUCAUCUCUAAAAUUGCACCAUUAGAUAAAACCAUUGUCAGGUUCUGGCCUUCUUUAAUAAUGGAUUGCCUACUCCUGCUAAGCAAAGAAGAUCUAAUUUAUGGUGUGGAGGAAACCACUAACUUAUUAUCCUGCUUGAAUACACUCGAUCAAAAGAAAAAGGUUCUUGAAAAGUUUUCUGAAACUGAAAAAAACAAUCACCUGAAACGAAUGCAGCAUCUGCGUGUCGCUUUAACAAAUAACUUGGCAAAAGCAAUUGUGUCCUAACUGGUUGUCAAAUCAUUCCCUUAUACUGCCUUUUGUAUAAUCUUUCAAUAAAAUACUUUGCAUUUGA